AUGGCGUCUGCCCCUGAUACCACGUCCAUCCCGGGUUACACUAUCUUCCGGGAGGGUGACUAUGAAAGUGUUGCUGCAGCUGCUAUGCUCCCACAGGGAACUCCCCACCCAUUAGAUCAGCUUUCCAUUAAGGAAAUCCCAGAGGCUGCCAAGAUCAUUCGCGAUUAUGCUAGCCCCAAGACUGUCAAGUUCAACUGUCUCACAUUGCGGGAGCCCCGCAAGGCCGAAUACCAGGCUUUCCGCGCGGGCAAGAUCCCUGCGCCAGAUCGCCGCGCCUUCGCCAUUAUCAUUGAGCGCGAGACUCAGCAAGUCGCUGAGGUCGUGGUCAAUUUGGUCACUGGCAAGGUCGAGGAAUUCAAGAAGGUCAAGGAUGUCAUGCCUACUCUGACCUUGGAGGAUUUGGAUAUUAUGGAGCGUGCUGCUCGCAAGGAUUCUCGUGUCAUCCGUGCUUGUGAGGAACUUGGCAUUACCGAUAUGUCCAAGGUUUUCUUUGAUGCAUGGGCCAUUGGUAUCGACGAGCGCUGGGGUUACGAGCACCGUCUGCAACAGGGUCUGGCUUACUACCGUACCUCCGAUUUCGAUAACCAAUACGCACACCCUCUGGAUUUCUCCGUUGUCGCUGAUACCGAGACUGAGGAGAUCCUUAGCGUUGACGUUCGUCUGGUCAAUGGCGAGCGCACUGCUGUCCCUCUGAAGGAGCACAACUACCUCCCCGAGUUCAUUGGUGACAAGUACAUCCACGACCGCCUCAAGCCAAUCGAUAUCACCCAGCCUCAGGGUGUCUCCUUCAAGAUCCGCGGCAAUGAGCUCUCCUGGGCUAACUACAAGAUGCACAUCGGCUUCAACUACCGCGAAGGUAUCGUCAUCUCUGAUGUCCGCUCCCACGAUAUGUACGAAGACCGCGAGCGCACCCUUUUCAACCGUAUCAGUGUUGUCGAGAUGGUCGUUCCCUACGGUUGUCCCGAAGGCCCUCACCACAAGAAGCACGCCUUCGACGUCGGCGAGUACGGCACCGGUCUGAUGACCAACUCCCUGAAGCUGGGAUGUGACUGCAAGGGUGCGAUCCACUACAUGGACGGAGUGAUGUCCACCGGCAACGGUGAGGCCGCCGUUAUCAAGAACGCAAUCUGCAUUCACGAAGAGGACAACGGACUUCUCUACAAGCACACUGAUUACCGCGACGGCACCGUCAUCUCCGCUCGUGACCGCAAGCUCAUCAUCUCUCAAAUCAUCACCGCCGCUAACUACGAGUACGGUUUCUACCACACCUUCACUCUGGACGGAACCUACAAGCUUGAGAUGAAGCUCACCGGUAUGCUGAACACAUACUGCUUGCACCCAUCCGAAGAAGCCGCUCCCUACGGUACACAAGUUGCUCCCCAAAUCACCGCGCACAACCACCAGCACCUGUUCUCCCUGCGCAUUGAUCCCGAAAUCGACGGUGUCAACAACUCCGUCGUUCAAAACGACGCCGUCUCUGCAGACCACGCUGUCGGCUCUAAAGAGAACCCCUACGGCAAUGCUUUCCUCAGCAAGAAGACACCUUUGCGCACAGCUCUCGAGGGUGCUGCGGAUUACUGCUACGAGACCAACCGUACCUGGGAUAUCAUCAACCCUAACCGCAGGAACACCAUUGCCAAGAAGCCUGUCGCAUACAAAAUCCUGAACACAUCUUGUCCACCAUUGCUCGCGAAGCCCGGUAGUACCGUGUACAACCGUGCAGCUUUCGCACGCAAGCCUCUCUGGGUUACUCCUUACAAAGAUUACGAGCUCUUCCCAGCCGGUGACUACGUUUGUCAAUCAACCGGUGAAGAGAACCACCCUCACAACUCCACAAUCCUGGAUUGGGCGAAGCGAAACGAGAAUAUCGAGAAUACCGAUAUCGUCUGUUACCUUCAGUUUGGAUUGACCCAUUUCCCUCGUACUGAGGAUUUCCCGAUCAUGCCUGCUGAGCCUGUUAGCGUUAUGCUUCGGGCUUCCAAUUUCUAUGAGAAGAAUCCUGGUCUUUGGGUUCCUCCUUCUGCUAUUUGUGUUGAUACGCAGUCUACGAAUGCGUUUUCUUCAUCUUGCUGUGCGUCUAAUGCUCCUACCAGCUCUUCGAGACUGUAG